AGGGAAAACUUUCUCGGCGAGAAAUUUUCGAGAAAACCGAAAAUCGCGUUUCUCGCUAGGGUCCGGUUAUUUUCCUUACCGCUCAAAUUUUUCAGCUGUUUUGAAUUUAGCCGGCCCAAUCCAGUUCAUAUGUAUUUGGGCUGUAAAUAAAAGGCCCAAAAUACUACUCAUGUGUAAAUAUGGAACCCUAAAACAUCUCCAGCCGCCACCUGCUAGCCAGCCGCCCAGCUGCCGCCGUUCAGUUUUUUUUCCCUGGCUUCUGCUGUUCGCCUGUUCUAGCGUUCUUCACGGUCACGGGCAGGCUGCAGCUUUGCAGAUUGUCUCCAUCCCGCCAGCAGCCCAGCGCUGGUCAGAUUUGCUGCUAGCUUCUUCCGUGUGGCUGUUCUCCAACUCCAAGAGUCCGACGCCCACAAAUUUGCUGCUAGCUUCCACCCUCUGACUCCCACGCUGCCGCAACUACCAUCUCGUGUGAAGGAAGCGCUGUGCGCGAGAAAGCUCUCCACAAGACAGCAAGCGCAGGACAGCGACGAGUUGGGUGGAGGCGCUGACACAAUUCUUGCGAUGUUGUGGGAUUCGGACAGCGAUGAUGAAGUGCACGUGGUUGACCAUCCUACUGAGCAUCGUGCUGCUACUCACGCAGAGAAAGGAAAGACCAUGGCUGAUGCCAACGCAUCUUCUAGUGGUGCUGAUGUGGUGCUUGAUCGAUAUGGGAAACCAGUGAAGCUAAAUGGACCAAUUGAUGUGACUUGGAGCCAUGGUGAACCAUAUCCUGGACCUCAUGGGGCUGGCUUUAAGUGCUUUUAUUGUUUUACCACCAAAAAAGGCGGGGGGUGUCUCGAUUAAAAGAGCAUCUAGGUCACAUACUAGGGAGUGUGGAGGCGGGGGGUGUCUAGAUUUACUAUGGUGCUGUCCUUGAGAGUUGCUUCAUUAUUUGUGAUGAUUGUCCUAUUUUUUCAUAUUUUCAUAGCUGAUUGGUGGGAUCAAUAUGGUGGAGACUACCCAGAAUUACAAGAGUUUGCACGUCGUAUUGUUUCUCAAUGCAUGUCCUCUAGUGGUUGCGAACGUAAUUGGAGUACCUUUGCUUUGGUUCAUACAAAAUUGAGGAAUCGGUUGAGUUAUGAUAAGUUGCAUAAACUAGUUUAUGUUCACUACAACUUGAAGUUGCGCAUUCAACAUUACGAAACUGAUAUGGAAAGUCUUGAACAAAUGAAAAACUCUAAAGAUAGGAACAUAGAUCCAUGUAGCAUCAUGAUAGAUGUUGCUAUGUAUGAUGAAGGCAACCCGAUUAUGGAAUGGUUGUGUAGUUCUAGGAGUGAAUCAUUGCCGACACUUGAUGAAAAUGAUGAGCCUGAAUCACCUAACAGACCAAGUGGAUUCGUUUUAGAGGAGUUAGGAGGAUUGAAUGAAGAAGAGAUGGUUCUUUUAAAUUCUAGGAUUGGUUCUCGUAGGAAAAAUGUUAGGAAAAGGAAUGCAGAAGAAGAUAUUGGAGAUGAUUUCCUAUCAGAUAGUAGUGAGGGAGCGGGUAGCCCAACCUAUGACGAGUCAGGUGACAGUGAGUCAAAUGAUGGUGGUGGUGAUGAUGAAGAUGGUGACCCUAGUGGUCCAAGUUCUGCAGCUAGGCCACCAACUCAUAAUGGUCCUGGUCAAGAUGAACAACCAGCCGCUCUCCGUCCAAGAUCAAAAAGGCAGAAGAAGCUCUCUAUCAAGGGCUUGUACAUGCUUGAGAAGUGAUCUAAUCUUCAAGCACAAGCACAAGAAUACGGCGUAUGCAUGGACUCAUUCAAUGGCAAGAUUUUGAACAUGUGGCUCUAUUGUAUCAGCUCUGUUUCAGUUUCAGCACAAUAUUGCUGCUAUAUUUGGUUUAUGUGGCCUACCAAUAUUUAGAACUGUGAUUGAUUUCUAUGCAUUAUUUGAACUAUGCUACCAAAGUACUUUAUUUAUGUAAUAUUUAGUUUAUUUGGACUGUCUCAUUAUUCUAUGGUCUCUAUGGAUAUAUAUUCGCAGUCAAUUUGUUAUUCAUUUUGCCA